AUGGUCGUGUUGUGGCCAUUGCUGGCCCUCAUAGCGAGUCCGGCCGGCGCCGAAGUCAGUCACCUGCCCGACAUGUAUAUUUCGGGGUCACCAGAAAGCAGUCAAGCGGUUGAGAGCAUGGCUAAUGAGUUACAGGAUAAAUCGCAGGCUGCCGACGGCGUUUACUAUCCCGGUCUGGGGGUGCCCUUACCGCCGGGCUAUAAUGUGCCCACGGGCACCAAUGUGGGACCCCCACCCAAUACACCGCCAAACUUUCCGCUGCCAAUCUAUCCGCCAUACUUUGGUUUCGGCGGAGGCGGGCCUGGCAUACCCACGCAAUUGGGAGUUGAUGGAUUCGGACAGGGCUUCGGACAAGGAUACGGCAAUGCUUUGGGACCUGGACCCGGUCCCGGACCUGUUCCCGGAGCUGGACCUGGAAUAUAUCCUAAUGCAGCACAAUUGCAGGGUGGGACUCAGGGCUUUGCAAAUGGACCACCACUACAAGGUGGUCCCCAAGCGGGUGCAGGCUUUCCCCAAGGCGGCGCCUUUCCACCAAAUUUCCCCCCAUCGCAAGGCCUGCAAGCAUUCCAGCCAGGUCCAGGGUUUGGCUUGCCACCGCCGGGCUAUGGAGGACCCCAAGGACCAGGCGCUAACUCGUUCGGCGGCCAACCAUUUGGGGCACAAUUCCAGCCCCAGCCACCAUCACCUUACGGCCCCUUCCCACCACAAUUCGACGAGCCUCAGCCUGAGCCUGAGCCUGAGCCCGCAACUCCAGAGACAGACGAAGCGAAAAAAUCCGCGGACACUGUCUAUGGCAGCAAUGGCGGUUACGUCUACAAACGCACCAAAUAA